AUGUCAUCACAAAUGUUUAUUAAAUCUUUAACAAGACAAUCAAUUAGAUAUAAUAGUUCAGUAGCUAAAAGCAUUCCAAGAGCUUUAUCAAAUGCUUAUGUUGGAAAUUUAGAAACAAGAUGGAUUUCAUUACCAAAAGAAGAUCAACAAUCAAUUAUAGAAGAAUUAAAAACAAGAAUGGAAUUACCAUGGUCAGAAUUAACUAAUGCUGAAAAACAAGCUGCUUAUUAUAUAUCAUUUGGUGAAUGGGGACCAAGAAGACCUUUAUAUGCUCCAGGUGAAGCUUCAAAAAUAUUUUAUAUAGUGGCUGGUUCAGUUAUUGGUAGUAUUGCAUUAUUUAUUGGUAUUAAAUCAUUAGCUGCUCCUCAACCACAUACUUUGAAUAGAGAAUGGCAAGAAGCUUCUGAUGAAUAUUUGAAAUCUAAGAAUGCUAAUCCUUUUACUGGUUAUUCACAAAUUCAAUAA